CUAAAACAUAAUACAGUGCAACCAAAUCAAACCAAACCAACCACCCACAGAUAACAGUACAUACAAGCAAGCGUCGUCAGGCAGGCCGGGUCAAUAUCAAUAGGGCAGGUAGGUACAGGGGGAGCAAGCGGAGAUUGGUCGGGGUCACAGGCCAGGUUCAGCAGGUAGCAAGCAGCGUAGUACAGAGGGUCAGGCAGAGGGAUGGUCAGGGUCACAAGCCAGGGAUCAGAACAGGUAGCAAGCAGCGUGGUACAGAGGGUCAGGCAGAGGGAUGGUCAGGGUCACAAGCCAGGGAUCAGAACAGAAACAGGAUACAGGGCCCAGGACAAACACAACACCAAGGCAGAGUCUGUGGGUCUGGCC